AUGCUGUUUGCGGAUUAUUUUGUCGCUAUGUCGGACACCCCUGAGGGACUGCAACUGCAAAUUGACGCGGCGAAGAAGUUAGCUGAUAAGUGGAGAUUGUCUGCUAACGUUAAGAAGAGUGCCGUCAUGGAAUGCAACGAGAACAAGGAGGAACCAGGCAAAGCACGAGCAGGGAAGCUGCACUCAAUACCCGCAAACCGGCACCUCGAUACACGCAUCAAAUUGACGGGUUUGAAGAGCGUAAACGUACCGCCGCUAGAGUACGCCGGAGAAGUAUGGGAAGGAAACAAGAAGGUAGUGAAAGAACUGGAGGCGGCGCAGAUGAAAGCAGCGAAAAUUAUCCUAGGAUGCUCCAAGCGCACAAGUAAUGCAGCCGUCAGGGCAGAAUUGGGGAUCCAAUCCCUACGGUCGGGAAGAGACGCGAGGAAGCUGACAUGGCAGUAUCGCAUGUGCGGGAUGGGAGAGGAGAGGUUGCCGAGGAUUGUAUGGGAGGCGAAGUGGGCAAACAAGAAGAGGGGUAGACAACCCACGGAAUGGGUCAACGUUGUAGAGGACGUAUGGAAGGGGUUCGACAUCGACGAAGAUGAAACGCUGGAAACGGAGAGUCUACAGGGGUUCAAGGAGAAGCUAUCUGUUGCUUGUGCCGAGAGAGAAGAACAGAAUCUAUGGAAAGAAUCCAAGGAUAAGGAGGGUCUAGAAGUGUACGGAAUGUUGAAGGAAGGAAAAACGUUCAAGGAUUACCUACAUGGACCAAUGGAUGCAGGAACAAAGUUGAAGGUCAAAUUCAGGACCGGGGACAUGGGCCUUCGAGAACGUCGACGAAGACAUAGGACGGUAGACGACGAAGACGACGAGUUCAAAUGUGAUUGCGGCUUCGAAUGCGAAGACCGUGUUCAUGUGGUCGCGGAAUGUCCGUUGUACAAGAAGGAGAGGGAAGUGUACGUGACUGAGCUGGGAAAAAUAGAUGGGACGUACAGGGAGCUGUUUGGGGCGUGGAAUAGAGAGGAAAGGACGGUAGCUGUAGUGGGGCAUGGGAGGUGGGAUGAAAAGGCGGGAAGGGAUAUCGUUAGGAUAGACCGACUAGGGAAGACAUUUUUGAGCCACCUUUGGCAAAGUAGAAAGGAACGAUUGGCCAUCGGUGAU